AUGUUUGGCUUGACACCAUGCCUUUUCAUCAAGAGCAUUGACCACCGAGAAUUACCUCGAUUCAACAAUCUCCUUAACUUUUAUCCCAUACAGAGGCGCCACGAAUACGCAAUGACGAGUGAAGUAUUACCAGAAGCUGAACAGAUGCGGCUUGCUGAAGGGCCAUCUAACAUGGCUACAGAAGGAAUCCCUCUAGACGUUGGGUCAAUACAUCCCGCAACACCGAGAACUGAGAUUCGGAAGGCUCUUGAUCUGCCCUGCUACCUUCUCGACAAACCUUAUGCAAAUGAAUAUUUCUGCGGCCGCGAAGAUAUCUUGGAGCGUCUUGCCGUGGAACUCUUACCAUCGAAGACUGUAGACACGGCAUUAGGCACCGGUCUAUGGCAGUUUGCACUCUGCGGAUUUGGUGGGGUGGGCAAGACGGAAAUAGCCCGCGAAUUCUGUCGACGCUACAAAGCCUGCUUUGACGCAGUUUUCUGGGACUUGGCAGAUGAGAUUGCGAACCUUGAUCACCGUUACCAGCAGAUUGCGUUGGCACUAGGACUCGAAGAUUCAUCCGAAUGCAAGAGUCAAUUUGCCAGUAGAGAAACUGUGAGGGGGUGGCUGUCUAAGCCCCGAAAGCAGACUUUGGAGUCAAAUGAGCUUGGUCAAGUCAGUCAAGAUGAUUCAGAAGCGAAUUGGCUACUUAUCUUCGACAAUGCAGAUGACAUCACGAUCUUGGAGGACUACUGGCCCCAGGGAAAUGGAUCAAUUCUUAUCACUAGCCGCAACCCAUCAGCUAAAAGCCUGCUUACGCAAAGACCUUCCGGCCUGGAUCUUGGUCCAUUAUCACGGAAAGACAGCAUAAUCCUCUUCAAUCAUCUCGUUACUGUCUCCGACGAACUGGAAGGCACUACAACGCGACAGACCUGCACCCCCCUGGCCAUCUCACAGAUGGCUGGUAUUAUCCGUCGCCAGGACCUCGCCUUAUCAAAGUGCCUCGAGCUUUACGAGGACCAUGAGGAGCAUGCUAGCCUCUACGAGUCAAAUUUUUAUACCAAUAUGGUCACAUAUUCUCAGAUUCGACAGUUAUUAGAGCUAAUCACAUUUUUCGACCCAGAUGUCAUCCAAGAAGAAGCCCUGAUGAAAGCAUCAAUGUAUAUGAAUGGCGAGGGUAUCCAUUACAACAAGAGCAAUUACAUCGAGGCUCGAUCUGAUCUAUUGCAAUCAUCUAUAAUCCAGCGAGAUGAAGAGAAACAGCAGCUUUCAACCCACCGAGUUGUACAGAAUCUCAUGUUGAUACUCAUGGAUUUCUCGAGAAAAAGCUUCAUGUUUGACAAUGUCGUACGAAUCCUUUGGGCGGUCUGGCCAUCAGCCAUGCCCCAACCAUCCAAGGAGCCAGAUCUACCCAAGCCCAAAUCGAGCGGCGGCAGGUUACUUAUUGAACGAUGGCCUAUUUGUGCAGCUAUAUACCCCCACGUCCUAAGACUCCACCAGCUCUGGCCAGGCAUUGCGAAUCCUUCUGAGGCUACCAGUCUACUUUUCGCAAAGCUUCUCACUGAGGCAGCGUGGUAUCAAAAAGAACGGGGACAAACAAGACACUUCGACGGCUUCUUCGAAACCGCCCAGAAUAUCUGCGACUCCUCCACACACCCCGAUCGGGAUUCUCUGCUCGCAGACAUCCACUUCUGCUUGGGCUCUAUCGCCAUGGACACCAACGACUUCAACACAAGCCGCUCCCACAAAGAACGUUCUCUAGACAUCGUCUCCAAAAUCUGCAAAGACCUGAACACCGCCGACGAGAAAUUAUACCUUGCCUACGCCGAGCGUGGAGUCUCACGUAUCCAAGACAAACGCUACGAGGAAGGUGAAGCCGAUCUUAAGGAAGCCCUACGGAUUCGAAAAGCCCUCGGAAACUAUGUUCCUCGAUCGGCGGAGGCUCAUCUCAGCCACGCUCUUCUCGCCCAAGGCAAACUUGAAGAGUGCGAUACCCUUCUUCUGGACAGCCUGGCUGGUCGAGAAAAGGCCCUGGGCAGAGACGACCAGGAAUCUAUCCGGACUGGACUAAUUCUGUAUGCGCUUGGCAGUCUCCGUGCGAAGCAAAACCAAUGGGAUGAAAGUUUUACAUAUCACCAGAGAGCGUGGCAGCAUAUGCGCGCUACUGUGGGCGAAAAGGAUAUUUACGCUAUAAAUGCCGCCCAUAAGGUUGCUGAACACCAUUUCCGCCUCGGCGACAAUCAAAACGCAAUUGCCAUAAUCACCAGGGCCCUAUCCACCUUGUCUGUUGAUCAAAUUGCACACAAGAACCAGAUCGCGCGCACUUCCUUCCUCGAGGGCAAAGUAUACGAGGCGAUGGGUGAGAAGCAUGAGGCGUCUCAUCCUUUUCGGGUUGCCUAUUGGUUUAGGAAGGAGAUUACGAAUGAGGAUCGGGAUAUUAAGAGUUUGACUAUGGAUGACUUUGAUGAGAUUGUUGCUUUUUGGGCUCGUUGA